CAAGAUUCUCGAUGGCCAUUUGCUUUCCUAGAGGCAAACACUGCUUUGAUUCUUAGAAUCAGGAGAAAUGGCCAAGUGCACCUUCUCCACCUUGGAGGCACUCCUCAUUUUCCUUCUGGUAAUGAUGACGGCCAUCACAGUGUCCCUUCUCACCCUCUUGUUCGUCACCAGUGGGACCAUUGAAAACCACAAAGAUUCAGAAAAUCAUGGAUUUUCAACCACCCAGGGCCCCAUGGUCACCCAGACCUCUCCAAUGACUCACACUCCAGAGUCUCCUCCAUUUCAGAACUUCAGUGGUUACUAUAUUGGUGUUGGGCGAGCUGAUUGCACAGGACAAGUAUCAGAUAUCAAUUUGAUGGGCUACAGUAAAAGUGGCCAGAAUGCACGGGGUCUCCUCACCAGACUGUACAGUCGUGCUUUCAUCGUGGUGGAGCCUGACGGGUCAAAUCGAAUGGCGUUUGUCACCAUUGAACUAGGCAUGAUUUCUCAACGACUCAGGCUGGAGGUACUGAACAGACUACAGAGGAAAUAUGGCUCCCUGUACCGAAGAGACAAUGUUAUCCUGAGUGGCACUCACACACACUCAGGUCCUGCAGGAUUUUUUCAGUACACAAUAUUUGUGCUUGCCAGUGAAGGAUUUAGCAAUCGGACCUUUCAGUACAUGGUCUCUGGUAUCGUGAAGAGCAUUGAGAUAGCACACAAAAAUAUUAAACCAGGCAAAAUCUUUAUUAACAAAGGAAAUAUUGAUGGUGUGCAGAUCAACCGAAGCCCUUCUUCUUACCUUCAGAACCCACAGUCAGAGAGAGCAAGGUAUUCUUCAAACACAGACAAGGAAAUGGUCCUCUUGAAAAUGGUGGAUUUGAAGGGAGCAGACUUGGGCCUCAUCAGCUGGUUUGCCAUCCAUCCCGUCAGCAUGAACAACAGCAACCACCUUGUAAACAGCGACAACAUGGGUUAUGCAGCGUACCUUUUUGAGCAAGAGAAGAACAGAGGGCAUCUACCUGGCCAGGGACCAUUUGUCGCAGGCUUUGCUUCAUCCAACCUAGGAGAUGUGUCUCCCAACAUUCUUGGCCCACAUUGCAUCAACACAGGAGAGUCUUGCGACAACGCCCACAGCACUUGUCCAGUUGGUGGGCCUAGCAUGUGUGAAGCUAGAGGACCUGGACAAGACAUGCUUGAGAGCACGCAAAUGAUAGGACGGACCAUCUACCGCAGAGCCAAGGAGCUGUAUGACUCUGCCUCUCAGGAGAUAACUGGACCAGUGGCUGCAGCACACCAGUGGGUGAACAUGACAGAUGUGACGGUCCAGCUCAAUGCUACGCACACAGUAAAAACAUGUAAACCGGCCCUGGGCUACAGUUUUGCAGCUGGCACGAUUGAUGGAGUUUCAGGCCUCAAUAUUACACAGGGAACAACUGAGGGAGAUCCAUUUUGGGACACCAUUCGGGACAAGCUCCUGGGCAAGCCAUCUGAAGAAAUCAUAGAAUGUCAUAAACCAAAGCCAAUCCUACUUCACACUGGAGAGCUGACAAAACCUCAUCCCUGGCACCCAGAUAUAGUUGAUGUUCAGAUUGCCACUCUUGGGUCAUUGGCCAUAACUGCUAUCCCUGGGGAGUUUACAACCAUGGCUGGACGAAGAUUUCGAGAGAGAGUUAAAGAAGAAUUUGCAUCUUCUGGGAUGAAGGACAUGACCAUUGUUAUUGCAGGUCUAAGUAAUGUUUACACACAUUACAUUACGACUUAUGAAGAAUACCAGGCUCAGCGCUAUGAAGCAGCAUCUACAAUUUAUGGGCCACACUCUCUGUCUGCUUAUAUCCAGCUUUUCGGAACCCUUGCUAAGGCAAUAGCUACGGACACAGUAGCCAACAUGAGCAGUGGUCCAGAGCCUCCAUUUUUCAAACAACUGAUAAUCCCAUUUAUUCCUAAUAUUGCGGAUAGACCACCAAUAGGCAAAAGUUUUGGAGAGGUCCUGCAGCCAGCAAAACCUGAAUAUGGAGUGGGAGAAGUAGUUGAAGUUACAUUUGUAGGUGCUAACCCAAAGAAUUCGGCAGAAAACGAGACCCAUGAGACCUUCCUCACUGUGGAGAGAUAUGAGGACACUAUAGCCGACUGGCAGAUAAUGUAUAAUGAUGCCUCCUGGGAGACAAGGUUUUAUUGGCACAAAGGAUUGCUGGGUCUGAGCAAUGCAACAAUAGAAUGGCAUAUCCCAGCUACUGCCCAGCUUGGAAAGUACAGAAUAAGAUAUUUUGGACACAACCGGAAACAGGACCUUCUGCAGCCCGCCGUCAUACUUGCAUUCGAAGGCACUUCUUCUGCUUUUAAAGUUGUAGCUACUUAGUGGAAAGUUGACAGAUUUGGAAAAACAGCAUUAUUCUGUGUACCAUAUAGAAUGUUUUCACAUGAAUGUGAACUACUAUUUUGACUUCU